GGCGCGCGGACCGGAAGGAGGCGGGGGAGCGAGCCAGCAAACGGACACCGAGAGAGAGGGGCUGCCUGGUCGCGACGCGCCUCCGCCGCUUCCCUUUUCUUCCCCUUCCCUCCUUCCUCCUCUUUCCUUCCUUCCUCCUGGGGCCUCGAGCGCGGAGAAGCUGCCGACUGGAGAAGCGGCUCUUCAUGAUAUCAUGUCCAAUGUUUCCGUGGACAGAAGCGCCAGGCUGCAGGAGAUCCGGAAGGGGCUGCAGUUCAUACAGUCUACUUUACCCUACCCAGGGACUCACGAACAAUAUGAGGUUUUCAUCCGAGAGCUUGUUAAAAAUCUCUUUAACGAAGGGAACGAUGCUUACCGAGAAGGCAACUGGGAAGGAUCGCUGAGCCACUACUCAGAAGCUCUAAACAUAGCCGAUUAUGCCUCUUCUGAAGGAAUCCACAUUUCUAAUGAAAUAUUAGAGAAGCUGCGUGUAAAUCGCAUAGUAUGUUAUUCAAAGAAGGGGCAGCAUGACAGAGUUCUAGAGGACUGUGGGGUCGUUUUAAAGCUGAAUGAAAAUAAUUUCAGAGCUCUCUACCGGAAAUCCAAAGCCUUAAAAGAACUAGGAAGAUACAAGGAGGCUUACGAUGCUGUUGCUAAAUGUUCCCUUGCAGUGCCGCAGGAUGAAAGUGUAAUAAAACUGACUCAAGAACUUGCUCAGAAGCUUGGACUGAAGAUCCGAAAAGCCUACGUUCGGGCAAAACCUUCCCCAAACCCUAUUUCUGGAGAAGCAUCGAGUAAGGUUUCACAUACUUCUAUAGAAGAUAUUGAAUCAGAUUUUUCUGGUUGGAAGGAGAAGGGCCUUUCUUCCUCCUCAUCCCCCACUCCUUCUAGCUUUGCCCCUGAGCUGCCGGGCAACCUGGCUGCCUUACCAUCGGUGUCUCUGGCUGGCCUCUCUGCAGAGAAGGGCUGCCUCUCUGCUCCUUCCCUGGCUAACGGAGGACCUUUCCCUCUCCCUGAAGGCUGCUUGGACUGCGGGGAUGGCGACGACAUCCUUGGGGAUGAGAUAGAUGAAUUGCUUGACUCCGUUUCAGAUCCUGGGGAGAGCAUCAUGUCCAGCACGGUCGUCCGAGGAGCCCUCCCGACAGCUGCCAUCACCCCCAGCAUCCCUUUCUCAGCCCCUUUGCUUGGGACGUUGUCGGUCGGGCCGGGUUUUGUCUCUGCGGGCUCUUAUUCAGAAAUGUAUUCCUCCCAGCCCUUGGUUUCUGUCCUGGACACCUUCUGCUCCUCCUUAAGUAGCUUCUCAAUUGGUGACUCUAAAAGAGAUAUAACCAGUUCUCUUUCUAGAGAUGUCAGCUCAGCGUUAAACAGUAGUUCUCCUCUCCGACUUAUGAAUGGGCCUACGAGUUUGUUUGGGUCUGAGAACUACAUUGGGAUUUCAAGUCCACCUCGAAAUGACUAUUCCAGUGUCUUUGACGGUGGGCUUGCUAAUGCGCCCAUGUCAACAACGACACCUUUAGUCGCAUGGAAUCCCCUGGAAGCCACCCAUGAGUUGAGACAGGCCUGCCAGACAUGCUUUGUCAAGAAAGAUCUAAAACUAUGGGAAUACACUUACAACCCCACCUUAGAGCACCUGUGUAAGAAGGAUAUCCUCAUAGGUAAAAUAAAGAAUUCUGAAGAUAAGUCGUGGAAGAAAAUAAGGCCAAGGCCAACGAAGACACAGUACGUGGGGCCAUAUUAUAUAUGCAAAGACGUUGCUGCCGGCGAGGAGUGUAGGUAUUCUGGCCAUUGUACCUUUGCCUAUUGCCAAGAGGAGAUCGACGUCUGGACCUUGGAGCGCAAGGGGGCCUUCAGCCGGGAAGCCCUGUUCGAAGGCAACGGAGAGAUCAGCUUGACCGUCUCUCGGCUCCUUCAGGAGCAUCAUGGCCUCUUCAUGUUCCUUUGCGAGAAAUGUUUUGAGCAUAAACCCAGAAUAAUCAGCAAAAGGAAUAAGGAUAACUCUUCUACCUGUUCUCAUCCUGCUAUGCAUGACUUCGAAGACAACAAGUGCCUUGUCCACAUUUUGCGAGAAACAACAGUGAAGUAUUCCAAGAUCCGGCCUUUUCAUUCCCAGAGCCAGCUAGACCUGUGUAGGCAUGAAGUCCGCUAUGGCUGCUCACGGGAUGAUGAGUGUUUCUAUGCCCACAGUCUUGUGGAGCUCCAGGUCUGGAUGAUGCAGAAUAAGACAGGUAUUUCUCAUGAGGCUAUUGUUCAAGAAUCAAAAAAGUAUUGGCAGAACAUGGAGUCUAAUGCACUUGGAGCGCAGAUUCUCAGCAACCAAGCGAAGCACGGAUCUCUGAACCUGAAAAUGAAGUUUGUGUGCGCACAGUGCUGGAGAAACGGCCAAGUUAGUGAGCCAGACAAAAACAAGAAGUACUGCAGCGCAAAAGCAAGGCAUCCGUGGACCAAAGAUCGCCGGGUGAUGCUGGUCAUGUCCAACGAACGGAAGAAGUGGAACACCAUCCGCCCGCUUCCCACAAAGAAGCAAGUGCCUUUGCAGUUUGAUUUGUGUAAUCAUAUUGCAUCAGGCAAGAAAUGUCAAUACGUUGGGAAUUGCUCCUUUGCCCACAGUCAAGAAGAGCGGGAAAUGUGGACUUAUAUGAAGGAGAAUGGCAUUCAAGACAUGGAACAGCUCUAUGAAAUGUGGCUGAAGAGCCAGAAGCCAGAAAAGGGGGAGGAUCAAGCUGCUCAAGCCAACAAGGAGAAUGGGAAGCAAAUCCACAUGCCAACAGAUUAUGCCGAGGUUACGGUCGACUUCCACUGCUGGAUGUGCGGGAAGAAUUGUAACAGCGAGAAACAGUGGCAAGGGCAUAUCUCCUCGGAAAAGCAUAAAGAGAAAGUAUUCCACACGGAGGACGACCAAAACCGUUGGCAGCAUCGUUUCCCAACAGGCUGUUUCAGCAUUUGUGAAAGAUAUAUGUCCGGUUUGUGUGCCGAAGGCAACAACUGUAAGUUUGCCCACGGUCCGGCCGAGCUCCGCGAAUGGGAGGAGCGGAAGCAGGUGCUAAGGAUGAAGUUCAGCAAAGCCAGGAAGGACCACUUGAUCGCUCCCAACGAUAAUGACUUUGGAAAAUAUAGUUUUUUGUUUAAAGAUUUAAACUAACCCUUGUCUAUGGAAGGACGCCUUCGUUUGCCAGAUGGAAGCGUGGAAACCGGGAGUGUGUUUUUUACCAUAAUCAGAAGAACAAGACGACAAAACAAGAGACGCAUGUGACAGAAGCUGCAGGCCUCCUGCUUUUAUUGGCCUGCAUUGUUCCUCCUGAAGAACCAAACUCUAGUAGAUGAUGAUGAUGAUGACGAUCUUGUCGAAGGGGGAGAGGGAGCCAGCAGGCCUGUCUCUGUCUGUCUGUCAGUGCUCUCAUGAAACCGAGCGCUGGGUGGAGUGAGUCCUAAUAAAAACACGGCCUGAAGUCUUAGCGUGCUUUUUUGCCUUCUGUUGGGCAGAAGAGAGGAGUAAGUGGAGAGUAAGUGCAGGAGGAGGAGGAGGAGGAGGAGGAGGAGUUGGUGGCCUUGCGCCGCCUGGGAAGCCCCCAACGCUGGGCCUUCAGUUGGAAAGCAAAUGUUUUUAAGGUAGGCUUCUUCUUUGAAGAGAGGCCUGGGCUCAGAAGAAUUAAAACCAAACACAACAAUUAAUAGUAAUGAUGAUGAUGAUGAUGGAUGAAAUUCUUCAGAUGUUUUAAAUGGAGAGGAUUUGUUUUAAAAGCAAAGAAGUUUGCUAUUUAUCUCUAUGUAGGUUGCUUAAUAAUAACAAUAAUAAUAAUAAUACAAAAAGGAUUUUCUUAUGAUCACCAAAAAAGAGAGAUUUUAAGCAAAAUCACCCUUUAACUGCCAUUAGAUGUUGAAUGGGGUAUUUUUCUCUAUUUGUAUGUUUCAAUAUAACUGAAAAAGGUCUUGGGAGAGAAGGAGACUUGUAUUACCUCUCCUUUCUCUCUCUCUCCUUCCUUCCUUUUUGUUCUGGAAACCCAGUCGUUUGGGAUUCUGUUUCUUGGCCUUUGCUGCUGUUUGAGGCCAGGCUUUUGGAAGACCCACUUUCUGUAUGUCAGUGUUGUGUAUUGUAUGGACCAAUAUUGCCUGUAAUAAAGAUACCUUUGCAUA